GAAAUUAAUAUAUGUAUAGAAGUAAAUCAUCCCCUGUCUCGAGAGAGAUUACGGUCUGGUCAAAGCCAAAAAAGGGUGUUUUGCGAUAGAGAUACAGAGAGACAGAGACAGAGAAGCAAAGCAAAACAGAGGCCGAAGACAAAGCCCCCUACAGCUCUGUAACAACUUACACUAGCUAUUGGAGUUCCUGUUUGUCUAUCUUUGUUGUCGUUCCAAACUUUCUUGGCUUUUUCGUCAUCUAAUUUAUAACCCAAUCUCUGCCUUUUCCUCCAGUUAUACCUUAUCUAUCACAUUCCUUGACCCCCUAGUUUUCUUCAGUUGUACGUGAGGACUUGAUUGAUAUUUAGACCUAAUUUGCUAAAACUCACGGAGGAUUUGGAAAACCUUCUACUGGUAAAUGGGCUGCUUCUGUUGUUUUGACUCAAGAAAAGAAGAAAUCCUGAAUACCCAAAAAGACAGAGAUGAUCUCAAGGAAGUCGCACCCACAAAUAUAUCCAGGUUAUCUUCAGGAGCAGACAGACUCAAAACAAGAAGUAUCAGCGCUAUUUCAAAGAGAGAGUCUUUGGGGCUAAAGGACGCACCGGCUGUUAAGAUUGCCGCACAAACAUUCACUUUUCGUGAGCUUGCAGCUGCUACAAAUAACUUCAGGCCAGAAUCUUUCAUAGGUGAAGGAGGGUUUGGUUGUGUAUAUAAAGGGCGACUUCCUAGUAGUCAGGUUGUUGCUGUUAAGCAAUUGGAUAGGAAUGGGCUUCAGGGUAAUAGAGAAUUUUUAGUGGAGGUUCUUAUGCUUAGCCUUCUUAAUCAUCCUAACUUGGUGAAAUUAGUUGGUUACUGUGCUGAUGGAGACCAGAGGCUUCUUGUCUACGAGUUCAUGCCUUUGGGAUCAUUGGAGGAUCACCUUCAUGAUCUCCCUCCUGAUAAGGAAUCAUUAGAUUGGAACACAAGAAUGAAGAUAGCAGCUGGUGCAGCUAAAGGUUUGGAGUACCUUCAUGAUAAGACAAAUCCUCCUGUUAUUUAUAGGGACUUCAAGUCAUCCAACAUUUUGUUAGACGAGAGUUAUUUCCCAAAGCUUUCUGAUUUUGGGCUAGCAAAGCUCGGUCCUACUGGAGACAAGUCACAUGUUUCCACAAGGGUCAUGGGAACUUACGGUUAUUGUGCUCCUGAGUAUGCCAUGACCGGUCAAUUAACGGUCAAAUCUGAUGUUUAUAGUUUUGGUGUUGUGUUCUUGGAACUCAUCACUGGACGCAAGGCUAUUGACAGCAGCCAACCUCAGGGACAGCAAAAUCUUGUUGCUUGGGCUAGACCACUAUUUAAUGACCGUCGCAAGUUUGCGAAGUUGGCAGAUCCACGGCUGCAAGGACAAUUCCCAAUGAGAGGUCUCUACCAGGCACUAGCUGUGGCAUCUAUGUGUAUCCAAGACCAGGCAGCUGCUCGUCCUCCUAUAGGAGAUGUGGUAAACGCCAUUUCGUAUCUAGUAAACCAGGUAUAUGAUCCUAGUACAGUUCCUGGACAAAGGGCAGAUAAUGAUGAUACGAAAAAUAAAGAUGAGAGAGAUGGAAGGAUAUCUAGGAAUGAUGAUGGGGCAGGGGGAAGUUGUAGAUGGAAAUGGGACUCGGAAGGAGGUUCUGAGAGGGACGACUCACCGAAGGAAACAACAAGGAUGUUGAACAGGGAUUUGGACAGAGAGAGAGCAGUUGCUGAGGCUAAAAUCUGGGGUGAAAAUUGGAGAGAAAAGAGAAGACAAAAUGAUCAAAGCAGUUUCGACGGCACUAGUGGAUAGUUGCCAUUGUAGAACUCCAGGCUCCAUUUCCUUUCUGAAUCCCUGCAGGGAUUGUUUGGUUACUUAUAGAAGCCUUGAUCGGAGCUUCUAAUUGGUUCCUACUCAAAUUGGAAGUCUCAAAUUUUCAACCAUCUUACUGAGAGGAUGACAGAGCUAACUUUUUCCUUUCUCUGUAGAUGAUGUGUGUUUUUCUUUCGGAAACAACCUCUCUAUCUCCGUGAGGUAGUGGCAAGGUCUGCAUACAUUCUACCUUUCUUUGACCUCACUUGUGGGAUUUCAUAGGGUAUGUUGUUCCAGCCUUCUUUCUGAGACAUGUAGAUGGCAUAUAGGAGAGUAGCUCAGGGAGACGGCAUAUCCCAAAACUUGAGUAAAGAUAUCUUAAUUAAAACGUGUGUUCUGUUGGCUCCAUAUUUUUUUUGAUAUACCAAAAGCAUAGUCUGCUGACUGUAUCUUUGUAUCCAAGUUUAAGACACGAUAAUAUUAUUUAUGUUUUAAGGUAA